CUAACUUUAUUUACAAACUACGAGUUUUUUAUCUGUGACAAAAUAAUUAAGAAACGUCAAAUUCAAAUGACUAUUUAAACUCAAAGUCAAGAGGUUGUUGUUUUUCUUUAUAAAAAUAAAUAAAAUACUAGUGUAAACACAAAAAUAUUUUAAACCGAAAUAUAAACAUGUCUACGGAAGUGGUUUUAGUGAUAGAUUUCAAAAAGGUCUGCCGUGCGUGCUUGCUAGACACCGGACCUAUGAAGGACUUGUUCAUGGUUUGCACACCUGAAGUUUACAAAUUCUGUACUUCUGUUGAGUUGGAUGAAAAUGAUGGUCUACCUCGCCAGAUAUGCCAGGCUUGUCUGGAUGUACUGAACAAGUCAUAUUAUUUCAAACAAACUGCAGUUCGCUCCAAUCUUAUUUUAAAACAACAAUUUUUAGAUGAGGAACCUGUUAAACUGGAAAGUGACCCUAAUCAUGAUAUCUUAGGAAUGAAUGUGCCAGAAAUAGAGGAUGACAUAAUCAGUCAGAAUCCUCCCUCAGAAGAUGAUAUGCCACCUGAUCGCUCCAUGGAACCAGCUGAAAUUAUUAGGCGAAUAAGAAAACGGCGAGAGCUAGAAAAACCGAUGAAGAAAAGAACAAGAAUGAAAUGCCCAAAAUGUGAAAAAUCAUUCCAAAAAUAUGAAAAUUUUGAAGCACACUUGAGGAUACAUUUCGGUAAAAAGCCAGAUAUAAAAUGUGAAUACUGUGACAAGACAUUCCCAGCAGUUCGUAAUCUCCAGAGUCACAUACGCACACACACAGGUGUCCGUAAAUAUCAGUGUUUGACUUGCGGCAAGAGCUUUGCUUAUUUAAAUGUACUGAGGAAUCAUGAAAUGAUACACGCUGGAAUUAAGAAAUAUGUAUGCAAUAUAUGUGAUGCCAGUUUUGUGCAGAGUAGUAAUUUAAAGUCUCAUAUAGAAUCUCAUAAUGAUCAAAAGAACUUUAGUUGUAUGCAAUGUGGUAGGAAAUUUAAACAUCAAGGCAAUUUUAAAUCGCAUCUAAUUAGGCAUUCUGGUAUCAAGAACUUUGCCUGCCAGAUCUGUGAUAUGAGAUUUUAUAUUAAGGGAGAUCUACGCAAACAUCUGCGGUCACAUUCGACGGAUAAACCAUACGCUUGUGAAUACUGUGAUAAAACUUUUAAAACUCAAAGCUUUAAGGUUGUCCAUAUGAGAACCCAUACAGGUGAGCGUCCAUUUGCUUGCGACUUAUGUCCGAAACGGUUCAUGGCGCGGAAGGAGUUGAGGACCCAUAGAAUGACUCACACGGGCGAGAAACCCCACAAAUGUCAACUGUGUGACCAAGCGUUCAUACAAAAAGGUGCUUUAAACCGACAUAUGAAAGGCCAUAUGCAGAAGGAAGCAGAAAAACCGCAGAAUAUAUUACUUAGGGCAAGGCUGCAAGGAUCUGUGUCCGAAUAUUCACAGUGGAAUACUGAUGUUUGACUUUAGUUUUAUAUGAGGCUUAAAAAUGUAUACUGUUAAAUGUUAAUUUAUGAAAUGCAAGUACCUGAAUAAUUAAUAGUAAAAAAUGUGUAUAAAAAUAGUUUUUAGUAAAUAAUAUAAAAGCAUAUCAAUGAUAUUAUGUUCACUUGGAAAUCCAAGUCAAUUUGAAAUUCAAAUAAAUGUAAGUACAUCAAAUGUA